AUGUCGAAGGUGGACGAGCCGGUGAUGGGCGUUCCGUUCUACGUCGUACAGAAUCCUUACCAAGCAGGCGCGAUCCCCCCAAACGCCGUCUAUGGCGACCCAAAGGGCAUUCCUAUCCACCAAACCAUUUACAGAGACACUCCCGCUCCCUUCAACUGCGUUUACUGUGGUAAUUCCGGACUUACCCACGUCAGAUCAAAGCCAAGCCUGGCAGCUGUUGUGGCUUGCAUGAUGCCUAUGUUUCUUGGAUGCUGCUUUCUUUUGCCUUCAUGCGACUGUCUCUGGCAUAAAUAUCAUCAUUGCCCAAGUUGCCAAGAGAAGGUUGGUGAUUUUGAGAAGUCAGAUCCUUGUAUUGUUGCGGAUCCUCCACACUGGACAGAACACAGCUUUGCACUGCCUGCAUGA